CGAGCGUCUGAAUUAGUUACCAUCAUUUUCAAGAGUUAAUUUAUAAUAUAUCUGCUUUCUGUGCUGCUCGCAAGUCUGUUUGUAGACGAGGCAGUUGGUUUUGUGAUGUAAAGCACUGAUGUCCUCUACUGUGUGUCCCCGUCUGCGCCAGCGGGCUGUAUGUUACCAGUCGAAAUAUGACUUUGUUCUGUUUCCUUUCCCACAUGUCACUUGUAGUAACUGUUUAUUUGUGUCCUAAUUAUUGUAAACGAUACAUUAGGAAGAAAUAAAUGCUCCGUGAUUCACUCACUGAUGGUUAACCGGGCGUACAGGCGGUUAACUGAAUCUAAUGUCAGCGGUGCAUCAUGCUUAUAACUGCAACCAGCAGGCUCUUGGUGGGCUUCAGGAAGUGGUACUACAAUGCAUGCGGUUUCAACAAACUUGGCUUGAUGCGGGAUGAUACCAUCAAUGAGGACAGUGAUGUGAAGGAAGCCAUUCGUCGGCUCCCAGAACAAGUUUACAAUGACAGAAUGUUCCGAGUCAAGAGAGCUCUGGAUCUUUCAAUGAAACAACAGAUUCUUCCCAAGGAUCAGUGGACUAAAUAUGAGGAGGAUGUGCAUUACCUUGAGCCCUAUCUGGAGGAGGUUGUUCGUGAAAGGAAAGAAAAAGAGGAGUGGGCGAAGAAGUAGGAUGGGACUAAAGCUCCUUUUAGGUGUGAUGUCCGGUGUCUUGUAUUUAAGAGAAAAUGUAUUAUGUGAUGAGUCCCUAUACUUAUUAAAAUUUCCUUUCUGAUAUAA